GGAUCACUAGGCUCUCAUCAUCAUCUUCACCAAUCUCAACGUCGUGUUCUGUCCUGAAAAGCCCCAAACCCUCUUUGAAACCAGACAGAGUUCACCAUGUCAAAAACUUGUAACUUUCUCGGCCUCAGAGUUAGAUCCAAUCCUCUCCCAUUAUCCAACUCCUCUCCUCUGAAUCUCCUCCCAACGGCUGCUUCGAGACCUUUCGACCGUUGGAUUCGCGCCUCUUCACGUCGUCGGUUGGUUCUCGGCGGUUUCGCCGGCACGUCCUUGUGGAUGAACAACAUGUCCGGUAGUAUUCUUGGCGGCAAAUCAUUCAUCGCUUCCGCGAGGCAGACGAACCCUUCUCCUGUCGAACAGGCGUUGAGUAAAGUGGAAUGGCCUGAGAACUUCCCUUUCAAAGAAGAAGAUUUCCAGCGAUUCGACGAGUCGUCUGAUUCAACGUUCUAUGAAGCUCCGCGGUUUGUGACACACAUUGAUGAUCCAGCAAUUGCUGCACUGACAAAGUACUACUCCAAGGUUCUGCCUCAGAGUGAAACUCCAGGAGUGAGCAUACUUGAUAUGUGUAGCAGUUGGGUAAGUCAUUAUCCAGCUGGGUAUAAGCAAGAACGAAUAGUUGGAAUGGGUAUGAAUGAAGAAGAGCUUAAAAGCAAUCCGGUUCUCACCGAGUACAUAGUCCAAGACUUGAAUCUCAAUCCAAAGCUUCCUUUUGAAGACAAUUCUUUCCAAGUUAUUACCAAUGUGGUAAGUGUGGAUUAUCUUACAAAGCCACUUGUAGUUUUCAAGGAAAUGAACAGAAUCCUCAAGCCAGGAGGACUCGCUCUAAUGAGCUUCUCCAACCGUUGCUUCUUUACUAAAGCAAUCUCGAUAUGGACAUCAACCGGGGAUGCAGAUCAUGCUCUCAUUGUUGGAUCAUACUUUCACUAUGCUGGUGGAUAUGAACCUCCUCAGGCCGUUGAUAUAUCUCCAAAUCCAGGACGUUCGGAUCCAAUGUACGUCGUUUACUCCAGAAAACUCCCAGUGGCCUAAGAGUUUAGAUCCAAUCCCUACAUGUAUACACACAUAGAUGAAUAUAGUGUUCAAUUGAGACUACUUGGGAAACCUGGUUUAUACAAAAUAAUAUUUAACUCUCUCUGUCAGUAAUAUUCAUAGCAAACAAGUGUAUCCCUUUGUU